AAAACUCCGUUCCGCGAUAACCGGAGGAAACGCAGUUUUCACCGUCGUCAUCGUCGUCGUCGUCGUCGUCGUGUUUCUCACUCCGACGAAUCGGAGUCUGUAAUGCGCAGACUUCUCCAAAUUCUGUCGCUUUUCCCAGAUCCCAAUGCCGUAAUCAGCAGCAAAGAAGCAGCAUUUCCUCGUUAAUCCUCUCUCUCUCUUCCUUUCUCUCUCCACACCGAUUCCACUGUUCAGCUUUAACAGGACAAUCAUCUCUCUCUCUCUCUCUCUCUAAAGCUCCCACAGUUCCCCUCGCAUUCAAAUUCCCGCACCGCAAACUGAUCUCCAAAACCCUAGCCUCUGCCACAUUCAAUUUCCCCACCUCAAUUCACCUCCCACCAUUAACUCCCUCCCCCCCUCUCUCUCUCUAUCUCUUUCUCUCUCUGUCUUUUCCGCUGCGCUCUCGUGGUCCGUUCGGUUGCUUGAGCACGAGGGCCGCUCCUCUCGGUGCCGGGGGGAAAAGGGCAGCUCCGGGUCACCCCAAUGUCGCUUGGGUCGUUGCUAUCCUGAGGGCCAGCGAUGGGCUCGGCGAAGCCGUGCUGGAAGUUGAGCCCCUGGUCCUUGUUACUGCAGCAACAGAGCAACGGCGUCGGCGGCGGCGGGAACGGCGGCGGGGGGAACGGCGGGAAGUGCGGCGAUCCGAAGCAGGUGUUCUGGAAAUCGGCGGCGAAGAGGAGGAGGGUGUCGUGGUCGAUCGUGUGCGGGGUGAUGCUCUUCGGGCUGGGGUUGAUUUCGCUGUUCACGGGUCACGUGGCCUCUGAUCUCGAGUGGUGGAACUCCCAGCGGCUGGGCAAGAGGAGCUUGUACUCCAAGCUGGACGGGGGUCACCGUGCCCCGAUUGAUAUAUGGAAGUCGAAAGAUGCAAAGUUCUUCCGUGGAUGCAGUCAGAGGGGUUCUCAUUUCUCAGCUGCUGUCCGUGAGCGACAAUCAAAUGGUUAUCUGCUAAUUGCAACUAGUGGGGGGCUUAAUCAGCAGAGAACAGGAAUAACAGAUGCUGUAGUUGUUGCACGAAUUCUUAACGCAACGCUGGUAGUUCCUGAGCUGGAUCAUCAUUCGUAUUGGAAAGAUGAUAGUGAUUUUGUCAACAUCUUUGAUGUAGAUUGGUUUAUCUCCUCCCUCUCGAAAGAUGUUACUAUUGUCAAAAGAGUACCUGAUAAGUUUAUGCGAACAAUGGAGAAACCACCAUAUACCAUGCGUGUUCCGAGGAAAUCUGCCCCUGAAUAUUAUUUAGAUCAAGUUCUUCCCAUUCUCUUGAGGAGACGAGUUGUGCAAUUGACAAAAUUUGAUUACAGACUUGCAAGUAACCUUGACGAUGAGCUGCAAAAACUGCGUUGCCGAGUGAACUAUCAUGCACUGAGAUUUACAAAUCCGAUUAUAGGACUUGGUCAGAGACUUGUAACAACAAUGAGAAAGAUGGCUAAACGUUACAUUGCAAUUCACCUGAGGUUUGAACCUGAUAUGCUAGCAUUUUCUGGGUGCUACUAUGGUGGUGGAGAUAAGGAGAGAUAUGAGCUUGGUGAAAUAAGGAAACGAUGGACAACUUUACCUGAUUUGAGCCCUGAGGGAGAAAGAAAGCGGGGAAAGUGUCCACUUACUCCUCAUGAGGUGGGAUUGAUGCUGCGAGCUCUUGGUUUUUCAAAUGAUACAUACAUCUAUGUUGCAUCUGGAGAAAUAUAUGGCGGCGAAAAGACUCUGCAGCCUCUCAGAGAACUCUUUCCAAAUUUUUAUACAAAGGAGAUGCUUGCAAAUGAUGAUCUGAAACCCUUCCUACCAUUUUCUUCCCGAUUGGCCGCAAUUGACUACAUUGUCUGUGAUGAGAGUGACGUCUUUGUCACAAAUAAUAAUGGCAAUAUGGCCAAAAUUCUUGCGGGUAGAAGGAGGUACAUGGGACACAAGAGGACUAUCCGACCAAAUGCAAAGAAGCUCAGUCCAUUGUUCUUGGCAAGGAAUCAGAUGGAUUGGGAUACAUUUUCAAAAAAGGUGAAGUCAUAUCAGAGAGGGUUCAUGGGUGAGCCCGAUGAACUGAGACUAGGGCGAGCUGAAUUUCAUGAGUACCCAACCUCUUGUAUCUGUGAGAAACGGUCCAGUGAGGAUGACUUUGGAAAAGAUGGAGAUCAUAGUUCAAAGCAACAGAUCUUAGAAAAGGAGCCAAAUGUUCUAGCUCAGUAUGCGCAAGAAUCAUGAUGAGGUGAAUUUGUGAACCAAAAGGAGUAGCAAGGCUGAAUCAUGGCUGUCAUCUGGGAUGAUGAGUUCUUGCUUGACCAAAUUUAAGACGGCAGCGCUUGAGGAAGCUCGAAAUAUGGCGCCUGCUUCGCGUUUGCUGCCUCCUGCAAGACUCGACAGAGCUGAAUUAUAUCUGUGAAUAGAGGUGAGGCAAGUUUGAUGGUCAAAGUGUUCAUAGUUUGGUGGUCAUGGCUGGUAUAUACACUGCAGAUUUCAGGAUAGCUUCACACAGGAGUUAUGGUUUGGUUGUCAGUUACAUUUUCCAUUUAACAUGUAUGAAGGCGAUCUGUCGCUGCUCAGUUUAUGAAGUGGAGGCAAUUAAGGCAAAGUCAUUCCACUUCACGGCAUUCUAAUGUCUGAUUAUGGCACUGUACCAAACCAUCAACUUUAACAGUAUUUUGCAGUGUGGUUUUGCCUCAGUUGUUAUGCCCGAUCAUCGGAUACAUGCGAUGAUUUUGAGGUAGAAAGAAAUGAAGUGGAAAAGUUGGCGAUGUUGAUUUGCAUCUCAUGGCAUGGUCAGACAUGGCACUUCAUUUGUGUGUAAAAUUUGCAUGGCCAGGUUUGGUUUU